CUCCCAUCUACCCUUGAGCAUGAAACUGUACGCACUAGAGAGCGCAAACCAAGGUCCCAAAUCGACCUCCGAUGCUCUCGAAAGCUUUCCGCAAAGCGGCAGAGUUCGCAAAAGCGACGCCGAUCACUAGCGCUUGCCGGAAGCUAGUGAGCUCCUUCAGCGGAGUGCCGACUGAGCCGGCCGACGCGGUAGUUAUCGGCGCCGGGGUUGUUGGGCUUGCGGUGGCGCGAGAAUUGGCGCUUAAGGGGCGAGAUGUCUUAGUUGUGGAGGCGGCCUCGACCUUCGGCAGUGGGACAAGCUCUCGAAACAGCGAAGUUAUCCACGCCGGGAUUUACUAUCCGCUCCAAUCCCUCAAGGCAGUUCUUUGUGUCAAAGGAAAGGAAUUGCUCUACAAGUACUGCUCUGAUAGAGGGAUUCCACAUAAGCAGCUUGGCAAGCUUAUUGUAGCUACUAGGGCUUCUGAGAUUUCAAAGCUGGAGCAAAUUCUGAAAAGUGGGACGGAAAAUGGGAUUGAGGAUUUGAGGAUGAUGGAAGGAUCUCUAGCCAUGGAAAUGGAACCGGAACUUCACUGCAUUAAAGCUUUGCUGUCUCCUUCUUCUGGGAUUGUUGAUUCACACACAUUCAUGCUCUCCUUGGUGGGGGAAGCUGAAAACCUGGGGACUGCAUUUUCUUAUAAUAGUGUGGUUAUAGGGGGGCAAGUUGAGGGUAAUUCUUUGCAUCUCCAAAUUUCGGAAAGCAAGGACCUUAAAAAUCAUGCAGGGGAGUCUGCUUUACAGCCUCAACUUCUCAUAAUCCCCAAGCUAGUGAUCAACUCUGCAGGUUUAAGCGCUAUUCAUCUUGCAAAAAGAUUUCAAGGACUUGAGCACAGAUUCAUUCCAGAAUCCUAUUUUGCACGUGGCUGCUAUUUCACCCUAUCUAAUUCAAAGUCUCCUUUCAGUCACUUAAUUUAUCCAAUACCAGAAGAUGGUGGGCUUGGAGUACAUGUUACAUUGGACCUGAAUGGCCAGGUCAAGUUUGGGCCUGAUGUUGAAUGGAUUGAUGAUGUGGAUGACAUAUCCAGCUACUUGAAUCGGUUUGACUAUUCAGUGAACUCAGAUCGAUCAAGCAGGUUUUAUUCUGAAAUAAGAAAGUAUUUUCCUAAUUUGAGAGAUGGAUCACUCGAACCAGGAUACUCGGGAAUUCGACCAAAACUAUCUGGACAAGGACAACUUCCUUCUGACUUUGUUAUCCAGGGGGAGAACAUCCAUGGUAUUCCUGGGCUGGUAAACUUAUUCGGGAUUGAAUCUCCAGGCCUCACAUCUAGUUUGGCUAUUGCAGAAUACAUAGUCUCAAAUUUUUAUAAAUAAUGCAUCCCAAAUCGGAGGCUUUGAAGCCCAUGUUGUUCAAGGGCUUAUUGUUUUUGUAUGCACAGAUGAUUCCUUUAGAAAAUGGGAUCUGGGAUCUAUACGUGAUAUU